AUGAAAUUUCAACUGAGACAGCUUCAUUUGGAAUGUCCUGAUUUUGGUUUCCUGAGGCACAGUUGUGCCUCAGGUGUGAUCCGUACUCGCGUAGGAUUCAGUGGGGGCACCAAGCCAAACCCAACAUAUAGGAGUCUUGGAGACCAUACAGAAACAACUGAAGUUGUAUAUGAUCCAACCAAAACUAACUACUCCAACCUCCUUACUAUGUUCUGGAAAAACCAUGAUGCCACCCAGAAGUGUACAAGACAGUACAUGUCUGCUGUUUUUUACCAUAAUGAAGAGCAAAAACGUUUAGCGAUGGAAUCAUUGGAAAAGGCGCAAAAGAGCAUAACAAAGCCAAUUCAAACACAGAUUUUGGAGGCCUCUACUUUCUAUGAAGCCGAAGACUAUCACCAAAAAUAUUUGUUGCAACAGCACCCGUGGCUUAUGAACGCUUUAGAUAUUGAGCCAGGUCCUGAACUUAACCAGUCAUACGUUGCAACUCGUUUGAAUGGCUACAUUGGCGGUUACGGAACUCUGGCAAACUUUGAAGCCGAAUUGCCGAAUUUGCAUCUUAGUGAUAAAAUCGCGGACUACGUAAGGCGCGCAAUGCAAAACGGAAAUCGUGUUAAUUGCUAGUAUGCAUUGUUUAUAUAUAGUUACAUCAUAUAUAUUUUUUGCUCGAAAUUCGCUGGCGAAGUGCGUAUGAUUCGAGCAGAAUUACCUUGUUCUCAAGUUUCUGCUCGUUGAUGGUUUUCGCAUUUUUGAUUUCAGCCAAAAUUUCAACACAAAGAAUACAUAUUGACUGGGCCAUAUUAAA